ACACGUACGGACCGGACGUACGUCGACAUCAUCAAGGAGCAACUCUCUGCAUAUAGCAUACAUGCACAAAACUACGGCAAAGAAUAACUGCCACUUGCCGCUCGGAUAUCGUGCGUGGAAGUUGAUGAAUGGAAAUGGCUGGAUCUUGCAAAGUUGAGGGAAUUAUGCAGUAGCGGGGAGGCUUCAUGCCCCUGUCAGCAAGAGGUAGGCUCCAGCUUCAUUGGGUGGCUCUGAUCUCCAAGGUGUUGGCCAGUUCCCCAUGGAAAUUCCUCAGGGUAGCUACCACGGGGCCCACUACAACAGCGGGUGCUGGUGUGCCUAGUAAGGUGUUUGGAGAUAAAUUGGAGGUGUUGUUCAUCUGGUGUGUACAUGUAUAGCAGGGACUGCUGUCUGCCUGGCGGGCCAGCCAAACCUGUUUCUGGACUCGUUGAUAUUCUUCUUGCUAGCCGCAUCAACUUUGAUGCAUGUAAUAUGGUGACGGUGAUUACUGAGAAACUGCAGAACCAGUCGCUGGACGAUGUCAAGUUUGCAGUAAUACCAUAUCAUACUCGAAGUAAAACAAAAGCCAGAGUUUGGCAACAGCAGAGCAAACAGAAUGUUGCUCUUGCAGUUGCCGGCUGUAAAGGUCCCUCCACACAGGUAACCAGUCAAGAGAAACCAACACCCGAACAGCCAGGUAGAUCACAUCCUACGACGGCCCAGAACACAGGCACCAUUCCAAGUAAAACGCUGCUAAAUGUUAGAGAAAACAACGCCAUCAAUGAAGCAUGCUCCAUCACGCCACCAGCGCCCCCAAAGAAGAGACACUGUCGAUCUCUCUCGACAGGCGAACUCAUAGAACGCAAGUGGAAGCCUCGGUCUUCUAAAAUCUGGCGGACUCCCUCACAGGGGAAGCGGAAAUGUGAGAGUCAUCAGCUGCACAGCCAUCAAAAGGGAGGAAACACCAUUGGACUCUCUGGUAUUCCAAGCAGCUCUGGAUUGAAUCCAUCUGUCAAUGAGUUCUCAACACCACCAGAGUCCCCCAUACCAAGACCUACCUCUUCGGCUUCUUGGGAUGGGGCCAUCUCAGGCAUCCCUUUCUGGCUGGAGUAUGCCUCUUUUAGACCCGUGCUUUCACCUCGGGCCCAGAGUCUGUCAUUUUCAGAGGAUAAGGCUUCAGAGAGUUCAGGAUCGGUGUGCUCGUUCACCGGGAGCACGGACUCUGAACUGGACCGGGGAGUGGUUCCUCAGAGGUGCCACUCGCACCCCUCGGUUAGGAAAAGUGGAAAGAAGCGACGCAGGGAGGAGGAAGCUCGACCAAAACUGGAUUUGUUCAAAAUGGAAGAGGUAAGUGUCUGAUUUCAAAAGUUCCUUUAAAUUGUUUAAUUUUUGGCUCCCUUCUUGAAUUCACCAAACUGUUCCUGUUUGGGAUCAAUCAACACCAUCUUUCCAGGAUUGCCACUGCUCCGCAAUUGCUAUCAAUUUAGCUGCUGGUGGGGUAGUAGUAGCAAGCGACUGACAGUAACAUGAAGGGUCUCUUUCACUGGAAGAUAAAAAUCAAGUGAACAAAUUGAAACUAGAGAUUUUUGUGUUUCAUCUUCUGCUUUGCAUACGUGAAUCUUUCACUGUUCAAUUGCAUUAUGCCACAGUUCCACACCUGUGGACAGGUGUGGAUGUAUUAUAGAUAGAACUUGAAAGCAAUAGCGAUGACCCAUUUUGUAAAGGUUAAAACAUGUCAAAUCCAUACUUCUAA